CCGGGACUCUCGGUUAUUGAAUGGAGCUAGUGACCUGUCAUUCUUGACUGAUGGGACCCCGUGUGUGGGAAAAUCCGGCAGCCAAAGAGUUGGAGCAUUCACAUGCUAAUUGCGUCCGAUAAAUAAGAGGGUCGCGCCGCGCCGAGGGCCCUAGAGACGCACUGAGAUCCAGAGCAGAGCGCGCAGACACCCGAGAGGAAACAUGACUGCUGCAUCCAUGGCGCACAACGUGGGGAAACAUGCCAGUGCCAAGGCGGAAAGAAAGCUGAGGAAGCCGCUUAUUGAGAGGAAACGACGGGAGAGGAUAAACAAUUGUUUGGAUCAGCUGAAAGAAACUGUUAUCGGAGCGUUCAGGCUGGAUCAAUCCAAACUGGAAAAGGCAGAUAUUCUAGAGAUGACAGUGAAGCAUUUGCAAAACAUCCAAAGCCACAAAGUCAACGACCCCACAAUAGGUCUGGAGGCCCAGCAGAAAUACAGCACAGGCUACAUCCAGUGCAUGCACGAGGUCCACAACAUGCUCCUCACCUGCGACUGGAUGGACAAAACCCUGGGCUCCCGUCUGCUGAACCACCUCCUCAAGUCCCUGCCCAGGCCCACUGAUGAGCGACCCCUCCAUCCCUCACCCAGGCACGAUGUUCCUCCUUCCCCUCCUGGCACGGGGCUUCACUGCAGCCCCCUCAGAGGGGACCUCCAGCUUCAGAGAGAAGCACCCACCUGCCAUGUGUCUGGACCCCCAGAAAGAGCUGCUGUCCACAGCUCCCACCUGGGGCUACUGGACAUGUGGAGGCCCUGGUGAAAUGGUGGAUGUAAUGAGCUUGGUUCUCCAUUUUUGUUAGGCCAUCCUCUGUUAUGUAUCUUAUAGAUAUGUUGCUCAGAAAACAAACGUGGGGCAGUUUUGUUCCAGUGGUUAUUAUUAUUAUUGUAGUUUUGCUAUAAUGAUUCUUUCCUCAGUACUUCCCUUCAGAAGUCAACUUCUCGUAGCCUGCAUUGUAGAAGGCUCUUAUUAAUCUUUUGUGUAUUUAUUGUAUUAACAGCUUUAUUUAUUGGAUUUAAUAUUGCUCUGCUUCUUAGACCACUUGCUUUGAACUAUAUAGAGAUGUUUAUGUCUUCCUUCUUUGCUUUA